UGCUCAUCACUCAGCCUCUGAGUGUGUUUCUGUCAGAGAGAGGAUCGCGRGCGAGACUGAGCGGAACAGGAUGCAGGCUAUCAAAUGUGUGGUCGUAGGAGAUGGAGCUGUGGGUAAAACAUGUCUCCUCAUCAGCUACACCACCAAUGCCUUCCCCGGGGAGUACAUUCCUACUGUAUUCGACAACUACUCAGCUAAUGUGAUGGUGGACAGCAAGCCGGUGAACCUGGGUCUCUGGGAUACAGCAGGACAGGAGGACUAUGACAGGCUGCGCCCACUGUCCUACCCACAGACGGAUGUUUUCCUGAUCUGUUUUUCCCUGGUGAGCCCGGCCUCCUAUGAGAACGUCAGAGCYAAGUGGUACCCGGAGGUUCGCCACCACUGCCCCUCCACGCCCAUCAUYCUGGUGGGCACCAAGCUGGAUCUGAGGGACGAGAAGGACACCAUCGAGAAGCUGAAGGAGAAGAAGCUGGCACCCAUCACUUAUCCUCAGGGCCUCGCUUUGGCUAAGGAGAUAGAAGCAGUAAAGUACCUGGAGUGUUCCGCUUUGACUCAGCGUGGUCUGAAAACUGUGUUUGACGAAGCCAUCAGGGCUGUGCUCUGCCCCCAGCCAGCCAAGGUCAAGAAGAAGGGCUGCCUACUGCUGUAAAAGGGACCAGACAAGAGGACUGAAAGAUAUACAGACUGCUUGCCCUGCAAGGGUUAAAAGAAGAUUUGAAUAUUCUUUUUCCUCCCACUAAUUUACAAAUAUACAUAUACAUACUUUGACUAAAAUACCCUAAAUAUACAGUGGCAAAAUAUUUCUUCCAUCUACACAUGCCGAUUGUAUUCACGUUGAGAUGCAGCAACAGGUUUUGUUCAUUUGAAAAACAACCAAAAAUGACAACUGAUCAUUCAAAUUGCUCCAGCUUGCUUACAGUAGAUUCACCCUGUUAGCUUAGAAGAUGCAUGUUAGCUUCGUGUAAGACUCCAUUAACGAUGUAUAAAAGUGCUGCAAACAUGAUAAGAAUCUGUGCUGAAAGCAAACAGUGUUUCCAUUAAAUGUGUUGMUGGUGUGUCAGAGUGAACAUCCUGAUCAUGAAUGGUGAUCACACAAAAGCAAAGAGGUAAAAUAUUUUCUAAAUAAAGUUUUAAAAUAGUG